UAUAUGCAAAGCAUAUAUGUGAGAAGUUAUUAAAGUUUAAUUAAAUUAUACGAAAUGGCCGAACUACAAAAUCCAUUACCUCCAGGAUGGGAUUGUAGAAGAGACGCAGCAACAGGAAAACUUUAUUAUAUCAAUCAUUAUACCAAAACCACAACAUGGGAAGAUCCAAGAGGAAAGCAUAGAAUCAUACAGAACACUCAGAAACAUCCUAACAGUGCUCAAAAUGAGUAUAUUCCAAUGCAGCACGGAACCCCAGAAUCACGAAGAAAUUAUGUGUACCCUCGUCAGAAUUCUCCUAUACCAGCAUUUCAAAUGCCAACACACAUGACUACUAAGAGUUUACCUUUGCAGGACAUGAAACCUAAAAUCAGUCCAUUAACUGUAAGAUCAUCUAAGGUUCAGGAUAGUUCGUUAAACUCAGCAGAUCCGGAGGAAGCAACUGUGGCCAAAAUUGCUGGAAUGUUUCCCACCGUACCAGAAACUCAUAUUAAAAUGCUGUUAAAAAAGUAUCACAGUCGUGAGGCUCUCGUAAUAAGUGCCUUACAAGUGGAGAAGUAUCCAAUAACGACGCCGGGUCCUUUUGCGACUCCUCCCCCCCAACGAAACAUUCACGCUACCCCUCCAUUGGGGUUUCGCGUUAAUUCUAGAUGCGACAGCCCUGGACCGACGGGCUCUCCCGCACCUGGUUGCUUUCGUAGUUCGCCUAGACCUCACUCAUCACCAAAAUUAAAAUUAAGGUAUAUGAAAUCCAUUUUCCCACAAGCAGAUGAAAUGAUUAUUUUGGAUAUUCUCCAAAAUAACGACAGCAACAUACAAAAAACGUCCGAAAUUCUCAAAGAUAUGGGUUACGUACGAAAAGAUACGGUGAAAAUCGCUCAACAGAAACUUGAAGCGAAAAAAGAGGAAGAAAGGAAAGAGGAACAAGAAAUCGCAGCCGCAAAUGUACGUCCUCCAAUUAAAAAUAGCGAAGACAAGAAAAAAAUAAAAGCAGCAUUGCAAGACAAGUAUAAAGAUAUAGCGGAGCACUUGAUUUGUAUAGCUUUGGAAAGCGUGAAUUUCGAUGAAGAAAGAGCAAACCAGAUAAUACAAAUAAUGAUUCAAGAGGAUCAAACUACUAACAAUAAAAAAGAUCAGGAUUCUGUGGAUGCAUUAAAUCAGCCCUCGACAUCUAGUGCCGUAGAUAUACCAAUUUCUCAAAGUAGACAAUCGUUAAAAUCUCUAUUGAAAACUGAAAAAGAACUGGAAAAGACCAGUUAUUCGCGGUUGGUAGAAGAAGAAUCGUCGGUAUAUAAAUCGCCGAAUUUAAGUAAUACUCGAGGACCAAAUCCUGAAUAUGCAAAAGGUGCCAACGAAAAAUUACUUUUGGAGGAUUACAUGAAAUGGCAAGGUCCCAAUUCCACUUUAUCAACAGGUAGUCUGGGAUUAGCGAAGGGACACAAUCCGAAUUUAUUAUCCAACAGAGGCUACAAACCUAUGGGACCAAAUAGAAAUCUUAUAAAAGGUCCACAAUGUGGCUUGUCCAAAGGCAGUAUAUUUUCGCAAUUCAAAACUGCUGUUUUUGUUGGAGAAACUCGUGGCGAUUAACGUUUUUGUAAUAUAAUAUAAAAGUCUAGAAUCCCUUGACGUGGAACCAUUGGGUCUCCAAUUGAUUACCAUUAAAAGUACUUUCUACCAUCAACUACUUCAUUAUGCAUGUUGCACUUAAUUUUCAUUUUGAGUCGACUUAUCGCACUGAUUUUUUAUAUAGCCCAAAGUAUAUGGAAUGUUUUGAAAGAACAAACAUGAGCGGAUUCGUUAUCUUAAGUUAUGUUGGCUCUAUGCUUUUCUUUAAAUUUCUAUUCUUUUUAUCAGUUUGACUAAUUGCUCGUUCAAGUAAUCGAAAUUUUUCUUCGUACGCCAAGUAGCAAAUACGGGACGGGAACUUGUAGCGGGGGAGGGUAGUUAAGUCGAAUAACUUAAAUGAAUACCUGGCUGGAAAAACGUUGCAUGUAACGGAAAUUCAAUUUUGUAGGAGAGUGAAUGAUGUUUGAAACGCAAUUAAAAUGGCAACUGGCAAACUAAAAAGGAUCAUAAACGUUUUUCCACUAAAUAAAACUCAUUUAGUUGCAAAAACAUACUCUACCUAUUCAUUGGUAUGUUCAUUCACAUUUUGCUGUUCAACAACAGAAAAAUGAAAGACGUGAGGUAUUGAAGAAGGGAUAAGAAUAAAAUUGAAGCGGUUGAACCAAUUUUAUCGACAGAAAAUAAACAAAUUCUUACAUGAACAAUGACAAUUACAUAAACAUUUACAAUGAACACAAAUUAGUGUUACUGAAGAAAACAUAAACGACUGCUACACUCAGCUUGCUUCAAAAUACUACUAAACUGAUAGAAGAGUUUCAUAAAACGCCCUAUGGUCAUGAUCUGUGAGAUCUUCUCUCUUCUUCUCUCUCUAUUGGCCUUUUUUCUGACGACAUACAGCCAGGAUCUGUGUUUUGCUAGUUACCCGUUUAUUUGAAGAGUGUACCACAUGGUACGUCUGAAGACCUGCUUCAUACCCUUCAAAAUAGGAUUAGGUUAUUACAGAGGGUGGUAGAUAGAGACUCUUCUCGUCCUGUGGUGUAUCCAGGACAUUUCACAGAGGGUUGUACCGGGAGAGUAGGAUAUGGAAAUAGCUCUAGAAAGUAGCUCUUUAUGUAGGUAAAAGGAUUAUCUAUGAUUCUACAAUUAUUAUAAGCUAAGCCAUUCAUUACAUAAUUGGUUAUAAGCGCCUACUAUCUAAUUAGACUGUUAAGUCAUUUUUCGUUAGGUAUUUGAUUAAGAGUUCAACUGACUUUGAACCUGGAGCCAAAAGCAGCGAAUAUACAUUAAUGGGGGCUUGAUUAUACUUAAGCAGAUCUUAAUACAAUACAUCAUUGUGUGAUGAUCUGAUCGUGCAACCAAGAAAAGUGUGGUUCAAGUCUCCUAAUUGUCCACAGUAACAGUAAGGAUGUCAUCUAUUGAUAAUCAUAAUCGCUUUUCUUGUUAGUUUAGCAUUGUUGAACGAUGGAAAUUUCCUAGGCGUAUUUUCUAUAGAGAAGAAAUUUCUUCCUUUGAUUUCGCUCUCACUUCGAUAAAGUUCAGUCCAAUUUUUCCAUAAUUCUUCUUUGAUUCUUGGCCAUAUAUCAACGUUUAUAUUCCCUUAUUAAAUUUUGUUGUCUUGCUUGAUUGGCUAAUUUAUCCGAUUUUUCAUUUCAUAUGAUUCCUGAAUGACUUGGUACCCAUAAUAAUUAGACGUCUUUUCCAUUUUCCAUAUUAGACAUGAUUAGUUGUCUGGUAUACAGAGUGGUAUUAUCUUUUUUGGCCAUAAAUGAGAAGCAGAUAAUUUUUGUAAGGCACUCAUCCAAUCUGAAACGAUUAUAAUUUUAUCCUGCUUUUCGCUACUUUCUUCUAAAGCUUCUUUAAUUGCAAUCAUCUCUGCUGUACAAAUUGGAGUGAGGUUUCCGAUUCUUCGAGCAAUGUUCAUUUUUUCGUUCCUUUGAGUGAUCCCGCAUGCUCCCUAUCAUUUGUCUAGAGAAGCAUCCGUGAAAAUUAUAGAAUGUUCAUUGUAUUCCUUUAUUAUUUCUAAAAAUUUUUCAUUGCAGCCUAUUGAGCCCUUAGAAAUGUUGGAAUUUAACCACUCCAGUUUCCGUAUUUGCGGCUAGUAUUCGUAGUUGUAGCAUGGAUAUCCCUCUGUGAUUUCCAGUUUAUCUAUAUCUUGUAAAGCUAAAUCUAAACUCUCCAGUAAGUUUGGUGGAGGCCCUUUUCUCCAAAACGUCGACUCAUUAUAUAAUUGAUAAAACGUGAUCAGUGAUUUUCCUAUCUCAUCAUUUCUCAGUGAUAAUAAUUUAAAACAAAAUUUCGCAUUCAACCACACUCUUCUAUAAAAUAGGCUAGUUUCUGAUGCCUCCGCAAGUAAAACGUCGGUUGGGGUUGAUUUCAUAAAUCCCAAAGCUGUUCUAAUUGCCUUAUAUUGUACCCUAUCUAGCUUUUUCCGUAUCUCCUUUGAAGUCUUGCAGAUUAUUCCCAUACCGUACUAAUGAUGUUGUCUUACAAUUCCCCUGUAGAUAUUGAGAACUGAAGGGUUGGCUCCCCAAUAGGUUCUGGCGAGAGCUCUCAUCACGUUGAUUCCUUUACCUGCUUUCAGACAGCUGUUGUUUAUAUGUUCUUUCCAAGUCAUUUUUGUGCAUCAAAGAUAACCCCCAAAUACUUAUAUGAGUCAGCCCAAUCUAUAUUAGUAUUGAAAUUUCUUUAACCUUUACUCCUAAGAUUUGAAACCGGUUAGGUAAACUGAUACAAAUGUUUUUAUGGCUAAACGGUAUGUCUCAUUUCUAUCUUGCCGAAUGAUUGUAUAAUGAGGGAAAGCAAUGCUUUGAUCCAGUUUGAGAAAUGUUUCAUUCAGAAGAAUUAUGUCUGGCUGUUUUUCAUGUAUUAAAACUCUUAACUCCGCAUAAUUCGAAUAUAAACUUCUAAUGUUCCAUUGUAUCAAUGAUAUGAGGGUUAAGAGGUUAGGUUAAAAUAAGGAAAAUAAUAAAGAAAAGGAAGAAAAUUCACUUUCGCACACGUGCUUAUUCACAGAACUUCAAAUACGUUUACCUUGAAAAAAUCUCCUAAGCUUUUGGAACUGUGAGAUACCGAGCCAUAUCCAUGAGAUCUUUCUCCUUCUCUUUUGAUAUAGGCAGGAGUGCUGGGAAGAGAUUGGGAAGAUCCUUGAUGUCACAUGGAUUAAACCGAGUGAAACUGGGUCAUCGGCAGUUAUCUUCAUCCAGACUUAUUUUGUUAUCUUGAUUAUUAUGUUUUCUUAACGAGUGCGUAUAUUAGGAUUUGGUAGUGUCUUUAUCCAUUUUUUUUGUCAUACCAGUGCUUUCCA